CAAUGAUGAUUGAUCUGCUUGAGCUUGGAUUCUAAGCUUCCCCUUGUCAGGGCCCCGCAGAUCGACUGUGGGUGGGGGUGAGAUAAGAUAACAGGGAAGAUACUGGUACCUUAGGUACCUACCUACCUAGAGGAAGAUUAUAGUUCCCGCUGGACCAAUCAAAUUACAGACCUGCUCGCCAACCCGAUAAGUCCACUAGCCAUCGAAAUUGGUGCGCACCAAAAUUAUAUUCCUAGGAGACAGGGUCCACUCAUUGUAUCGUGGGGUGUAUUUGCCAGUUCCUUCAUCAACCACCAUAUUGUGCACUACCGCUCACCAAUCGCUCACCUCGCCCUUACGACCAAUCCAUCACCCUCUCAGUCCGCCAAAUCAACUGUGCGACAAUGGAUAAGCAACCCGUCAAGCUCGUCAAGGUCACUCGUGUCCUGGGCCGAACCGGCUCUCGCGGUGGUGUUACCCAGGUUCGCGUCGAGUUCCUCGAGGACCAGACCCGUUCCAUCAUCCGAAACGUCAAGGGACCCGUUCGUGAGGACGACAUCCUGUGCUUGCUCGAGUCCGAGAGAGAAGCGAGACGUCUGCGAUAAGCGGGAUUGGGGAUCAGCGAUCGGUGGAAAUUUUGCAAUGGAUUUCGGCGUACUUUACGGACUUCCUCGACCAGCCAUGAUCUGUGCUGUCUGAGUCGGAUGCAGCAUGAUUGAAUGCUUGGAGAUUAGCUGAUAGGCCGAUACCACACCUCUAGAGGACACGACAAAAUGACACAGAU